UAUGGACAUUUCAUAGAUAGGAUAAAGAGAAAAAAGAAAAAAUAAAAGAAAGGAGCCCUCCAUCUGUCCCUCUGUCUCUUUGUCUGACUCAAUCCGCCAGUUUCGAGUUUCGACCCUAUCGCAAGAAAGGGAAGGGAAGGGACGCAGCAGCAGCUCACAACACACACAGUCAAACAGUCUUCUCCCCCCCGCCUUUCGCUUUCCCCUUCCUUUCACAAAUCAAUAAAAACCCACCACAACGCCCUGCUUCCCAUUUCUCUCCAAACACCAUUCCCUCUCCUCUCUUGCCCCCCAUCCUCGAAUCCCUCUGCCGUCUUUCAUUUACUUGGGUUUCUCCACCCCUCUCAACCUACACAAAUCCUCCAUUAGCCCAGCCUCCCAUCCCAUUCCUCUCAAAAACCCUUUCAUCCCUCGAUUAAACAAGACCCAAGAUCCCCUGCCGCCUUUUCCCAGGGAGUCGCCAUCGUCAUCGUGAAAGGCUCGGUCCAAGCUGCCGGGAAUGGCAGCUGGGUGGACGUUUUCGGUGCUUCGUUUGUUGCCAGUUCUAGUGCUGUUGUUUGGAUCGGGAUUCCAUGAAACGACGGCGUUUCGAGGGGUAGCAGCCAGGACGACGCAGGGGCCGGGGGAGAAGCAGCAGCAAGUGGACCUACUGCAGAAAUGGCCCAACCACAGGAACGCAUACGCGACGAUGAUGUACAUGGGGACUCCCCGAGACUACGAGUUCUACGUCGCGACUCGAGUUCUCCUCAGAUCCCUCGCCGCUCUCCGGGUUGACGCCGAUCUCGUCGUCAUUGCCUCCCUCGACGUCCCUCUCCGCUGGGUCCGCGCCAUGGAACUUGAGGAUGGAGCAAGAGUGGUGAGAGUGGAGAACGUGAACAACCCAUACAAGGACCAAACCAACUUCGACAGGAGAUUCAAGCUCACACUAAACAAGCUCUACGCAUGGAGCCUCGUCGAUUACGACCGCGUCGUCAUGUUGGAUGCCGACAACCUCUUCCUCCGCAACUCCGACGAGCUGUUCCAGUGCGGCCAGUUCUGUGCGGUCUUCAUCAACCCCUGCAUCUUCCACACGGGUCUCUUCGUCUUGCAGCCAUCUGAUGCAGUUUUCAAAGACAUGCUUCAUCAGGUGGACGUCGGGAAAGACAACCCUGAUGGUGCAGACCAAGGCUUCAUCGGCGGAUACUUCCCUGACUUGCUGGACAAGCCACUGUUCCACCCUCCCGCCAGUGGGUCAGCCGUCAAUGGGUCGUAUAGGCUUCCUCUUGGUUAUCAAAUGGAUGCCUCUUACUACUAUCUCAGAUUGAGGUGGAAUGUCCCAUGCGGUCCUAACAGCGUCAUUACUUUCCCUGGUGCGCCAUGGUUGAAGCCAUGGUACUGGUGGUCGUGGCCCGUUCUGCCUCUAGGCAUCCAGUGGCACGAGCAGCGCCGUCAGCAUCUCGGAGAUAUGGACCAGAGAUGCCAAUGGUGGUGAUCCAAUCAAUCCUCUACCUCGGCAUAAUAGCAGUCACUCGUCUCGCAAGGCCAAACCUGACCAAGCUAUGCAACCGCAGAACCGGCGACAGAACCAUCUCCUUGCUGCAAUCCACCAUCAAGCUUAUCUCAUUAUGGGCAAUCCUCGCAGCGUACGUAGUCCCAUUCUUCAUCAUCCCCUGCACUCUUCACCCCGUGCUGGGAUGGUCUCUGUACUUGCUGGGCACAUUCGCUCUCUGCUCCAUCGCCAUCAACGCCUUCAUGCUGCCGACGCUCCACGUCCUGAUGCCGUGGAUGGGGAUCUCGGGAGUUCUGUUUGUGAUGGCGUUUCCUUACUACCCAGAUGGUGUUGUGAGAGCUUUGUCGGUGUUCGGGUACGCCUUCUGCGCCGCGCCAUUGCUCUGGGUUUCGUUGAGUAAGGUCAUGGCUAGCCUCCAUCUUGAGAGGGAAGCUCUGUUUCCUAAGCUUGGGGAGUCAUCUUCGCCGCCUUCAGGGUUGAACAAGCUUUGUUGAAGAGGACGGAAUGAUGAUAAAGGGGGAAGUCAGAGUUUUGGAUAGGGCUUCGUCUUUAGUUCUUCUGAACUCGUCCUCUGUAAUUCUUUGAUUGUUGUUGGGGACUUGAAAAAAAGCUAACUACGUACUGGGAGAUGAUGGUAAUGUUGUAUUCAUAUUUCAUAGAAGAGGGAGAAAGGGUCUACGUUUCUCAUGUAAAGCUCUGCCUGGUUUUGUAAUGGACUAUUGUCAUCGUCACUGCUGUAACUUCCUUCAUUAGCGGUAGCAAAGAAUAGAAAGGAAUGGCUGGUUGCAGAGACUUUUUUCUUGAGUGUAUAUUUCUUUAGUUUGGUACAUUUUUUUGAAACUGAAAGAAGCAACAAAAGUCAGAAAUACAUGAUGGA